AUGUUUGUAGCCGCUUCGGCACCACCCACCAGCUCUAGUGGUGGAGACGGUUACAAUUGGCGCAAGUACGGCCAGAAGAAUAUCAAGGGCCAUCAGUUGACCAGGAACUACUACAAGUGCACCUAUCCAGGUUGUCGGGCCAAGAAGCAAGAAGAGAAGAACUCCACAGAUAACAAGUGCAGCAUCCAGUACAAGGGGAGACAUGUCCACGCACUCCCAGUUGCAAAGGGUGAGAAUACAAAGAGGUUAGAAGAUAUUGAGCCGGGAAAGUCCAAUAUCAAUGCCCUGAUCAAUAAGGACGACGAGACCGACAACUACCUGUCGUUGGAGGAGUUCACCGACUCGGAACUAUCCAAACAAGACAAGAGUAAUAGUGCGCCAGACAUCUCGGCGUAUUAUGAUGACGAAUAUGACGACGCCAAUGCGCACACGGUUGUCAUCGAGGCCGACUCGAUGGACAAACUGCUGAGCGAUGGUUACCAGUGGAAGAAGUAUGGCCAGAAGUACGUGCGUGGCAGUGUCUACCCCAAGAGCUACUAUAAGUGCACGACGAGUGGCUGCCAGGUCAAGAAGCCACAGGUAGUAGUAUUGGCGUCAAUUUUAGCAAUCGGUAACAACGAUGUGCUGCCUCCCUUCUCCUCGUCGUCCAUGUUUAUGUCCAUGGUUAUGUCCAAAGCCGGAUGCAGCAUAUAA